AUUGAUUUGUUUUUAAUAUUUAUUUCAAUUGAUUUCAUAAUUUAUUUUUUACGUUCAAAUCAAUUAUUAUUUUAAUGGUCUCUUCGUUCAUAUAUUGUGACAAUUGAUGUGACAAUCAGUUUGUAUUGAAAGGCGAAACAUAUUUUACAUGAAUUUUAUGUCCAAUUAAAUGACAAUAAGAAGUGAUAAUAAGAAGUGAUUAAUGGCUGAAAGCGAUUCCGAAGACACGAAUGACAGACCGAUCGCUGCUUUCGGUCCGAGAGUUGUCUCCAUAUAUAAGUCAGAGACCGGCUUUGGAUUCAAUGUCAGGGGACAGGUGUCAGAGGGCGGACCCCUUCGCAGCAUCAAUGGCGAGCUCUACGCACCUCUUCAGCAUGUGUCCGCAGUCCUCGAGUCCGGCGCCGCA